AUGGCCGCCGGCGCCUUCUUGGAACUCCUGGAGUGGCUUCGAGAGGUGCUCCUGCAGGACGCUGUCUUCCUUCGCGAGUCCUACCCCGACCAUCCUAUCUUUCAGGAUCCGGUCUUCUCUUGCCCCGAGUUUGAAGCGUUCGCCAGCAAAGUUCAAGACACAUGCACACGGGACCACGAAGACAGCCAUACCACGGUCAUUCAAAAAGCGAUCCCGGUGGUUGCGGAGAAGCUGCGCACAUUGGAUGAGUUUGCGCAGGCCACCUACACCGUCACCUUCAGCCCCGGCCAAGGUGCUGCAGGUCAACAUGCGGAGAUCGCGGGAGCUCAUCAACAGAGGCGCCGCGCUCCACGAGAGACGGUCCUCAGGUCCGAGAUAGGCCCUUCGCAAGCGGGCGAGAAGAAUUACCUUUCCACGCGCAAGAUCAUCGUCGAUGAGGUUCGGAGGCGGGCCCAGUCGGACGGCUUAACUGAAGAUAUCGUGGCGAGGCAAAUGGACGAAGAACGUGGACCCAGCUCUUUGGAUAAGUUGUUCAAGGCCAUCCGAAAGGACAGGCAAGGCGAAAAGGGACACAAACGUGCGUCGGGGCAAUUCAACGUCAGUGGUAGCGAAAAGUCGAUGGCGCAGUGA